CAGGGAUAUACUGGAUUGGUGUAAGAUUAAGAGCAACGUUGUGAAGAUCCCUCCGAAGAAGAAACCAGAAGUCAGCGUUUUAAAGCAUUUGUUGACCACUAAAGGAUUGGAUGCAAACACUUCCCCAACAUGGAGAGGCUGGAGAGAAUUCACCCAAACAGGCAAGUCAUGGCUUUUACCUUUAUGCUGGUUUUGGUUCAGGUUUGCAGUGAGAAAACAACUCAAUAUUCUAUCUUGGAGGAAACAGAAAGUGGUUCCUUUGUAGCCCAUCUGGCCAAGGACCUGGACCUGAGACCUGGGGACCUGACAGCCCGGUCUGCACGGGUGGUGUGUGAUGACUACAAGCAGAGAUUGGUGCUGGAUCCUGAGACAGGAGAUCUGCUCCUGAGGGAGAAACUAGACCGGGAAGAGUUGUGUGUUUCUUUGGAGCCCUGUGUGCUACAUUUCCAGGUAUCUCUGGAAAAGCCAGUGCAAUUUCUUCAAGGAGAAUUGCUGAUCCAGGACAUCAAUGACCACUCACCAGAAUUCCCAGAUAUGGAAAUGCUCUUGAAAAUACCAGAAAACAGCCAGCCAGGAACUCUUUUACCACUGAAUUUAGCUCAGGAUUUGGAUGUGGGAAGCAAUGGGCUUCAACAUUACACGGUCAACUCCAAUUCUCAUUUUCAUGUUGUCACUCGAAAUAACAGUGAAGGCAAGAAAUACCCAGAAUUGGUACAGGACAGAGCCCUGGACAGAGAGGAGCAGGCAGAGCUGAGCUUGACCCUCACAGCUCUGGAUGGCGGUGAUCCACCUAGGUCAGGAACAGCCAUGGUUCGAAUCCUGAUCCUGGACAUCAAUGACAAUGCCCCUGAAUUUGUGAACACCCCCUAUGAGGUGCAGGUCCUGGAGAGCAGUCCCCCAGACUCCCCAGUCCUGACUGUCCUGGCCCAGGAUGCAGAUGCUGGCAUCUUUGGAAGAGUUUCCUAUGGCUUGUUCCAAGCCUCAGACGAAAUUCAACAAACUUUCUCAAUAAACGAAGUCACGGGAGAAAUACGACUGAGAAAGGGAUUGGAUUUUGAAAAAGUUAAAUCUUACCAUGUGAAAAUCGAGGCCACGGAUGGAGGGGGGCUUUCUGGGAAGGGCGCUGUGCUGAUAGAGGUGGUGGAUGUGAACGACAAUGCCCCAGAGCUGACCAUAUCUUCACUGACCAGCUCAGUCCCAGAAAAUGCUCCUGAGACCAUAAUCAGCAUCUUCAGAGUUGGAGACAGGGAUUCUGGAGAGAACGGAAAGGUGGUUUGUUCUAUUCCAGAAACCCUGCCAUUCAUCCUAAAAUCCACUUUCAAGAAUUUCUACAGCCUGGUGACAGAGAGUCCACUGGACAGAGAGACCAGAGCUGAGUACAAUAUCACCAUCACAGUCACUGACCUGGGCACACCCAGACUCACAACCCAGCACACCAUAACAGUGCAGGUGUCCGAUGUCAACGACAACGCCCCUGCCUUCACUGAAACCUCCUACACCCUGUUUGUCCAGGAGAACAACAGCCCUGCCCUGCACAUAGGCAACAUCAGCGCCACAGAUUCAGACUCAGGCUCCAAUGCCCAUAUCACCUACUCGCUGCUGCCCACCCAUGACCCGCAGCUGGACCUCUCCUCUCUCAUCUCCAUCAAUGCAGACAAUGGGCAGCUGUUCGCGCUCAGGGCGCUGGACUAUGAGGCUCUUCAGACCUUCGAGUUCCACGUGGGCGCCACAGACCAAGGCUCACCAGAGCUCAGGAGCCAGGUGCUUGUGCGUGUGCUCGUGCUGGAUGCCAAUGACAAUGCGCCCUUUGUGCUCUACCCUCUGCAGAAUGCCUCUGCGCCCUGCACUGAGCUGCUGCCCAGGGCGGCAGAGCCAGGCUACCUGGUCACCAAGGUGGUGGCAGUGGACCGCGACUCUGGCCAGAAUGCCUGGCUGUCUUUCCAGCUGCUCAAGGCCACGGAGCCAGGGCUGUUCAAUGUGUGGGCUCACAAUGGCGAGGUGCGCACCUCCAGGCUCCUGAGUGAGCGCGAUGCUCCCAAGCACAGGCUGCUGCUGCUGGUCAAGGACAAUGGCGAUCCUCAGAGGUCUGCCAGUGUCACUCUGCAUGUUCUGGUGGUGGAUGGCUUCUCUCAGCCCUACCUGCCUCUACCCGAGGUGGCAAGUGACCCUGAGCAUGACGACAAGGAAAUGCUCACACUCUACUUAGUCAUUGCCUUGGCUUCAGUGUCUUCGCUCUUCCUCUUGUCUGUGCUGCUGUUUGUGGGGUUGAGGCUGUGCAGGAGAGCCAGGGCCUCCUCAUUGGGUGGCUGCUCUGUUCCUGAGGGUCACUUUCCUGGUCACUUGGUGGAUAUCAAUGGUGCCCGGACCUUGUCCCAGAGCUACCAGUAUGAGGUGUGCCUGAGGGGAGAGUCUGGGACUGGUGGGUUCGAAUUUCUAAAGGCAAUUAACUCGCAGUUCCCUCCUUCGGAGUCUGAAAGGAAAACUGAGGAAAGUCCUACCCUUUGGAAUAGCUUCCUAUUCAUCUAAAUACUGUAGUACAGUAGUAAAUUCUGUUUAAGCUAAGAGCUUUCUUUUAAACUGAAUGUGCAUGCUAUUGAUGUUGUAUGAAC